CCCCGCCCCCGUCCCCCACAGGGCCCUUACUUUCGGUAAAUGACAGUGGCUCAGGAAACCAAGGGGCCCACACAGGAAGGAGCCGAGUGGGACUUUCCUCUCGCUGCCUCCUGGCUCUGCCCUCCCUUUGAACGCCCAGGAUCCCUGCCUGCUAGGCAAGCUGCCCUCAUGGCACCUCCAAACGAAGAGACGCCCCUGAUCCCUCAGCGUUCCUGCAGCCUCUUGUCCACGGAAGCUGGUGCCCUACAAGUGCUGCUGCCUGCCCGGGGCCCAGGGCCCCCCCAGCGCCUAUCUUUCUCCUAUGGGGACCACUUGGCUGAGGACCUGUGUGUGCAGGCUGCCAAGGCCAGCGGCAUCCUGCCUGUGUACCACUCCCUCUUUGCUCUGGCCACCGAGGACCUGUCCUGCUGGUUUCCCCCAAGUCACAUCUUCUCCGUGGAAGAUGCCACCACCCAUGUCCUCUGCUACAGGAUUCGCUUUUACUUCCCCAAUUGGUGUGGGCUGGAGAAGUGCCACCGCUUUGGGCUGCGAAAGGAUUUGGCCAGCGCUGUCCUUGACCUGCCAGUCCUGGAGCACCUCUUUGCCCAGCACCGCAGUGACCUGGUGAGUGGACGCCUCGCUGUGGGCCUCAGCCUCAAGGAGCAGGGUGAGUGUCUCAGCUUGGCUGUGCUGGACCUGGCCCGGAUGUCAAGAGAGCAGGCCCAGCGGCCAGGAGAACUGUUGAAGACUGUCAGCUACAAGGCCUGCCUACCCCCCGGCCUGCGCGACCAGAUCCAGGGCCUGGGCUUCGUGACGCGGAGGCGUAUUCGGAGGACUGUGCGCAGGGCCCUGCGCCGCGUGGCCUCCUGCCAGGCCGACCGGCAGUCGCUCAUGGCCAAGUACAUCAUGGACCUGGAGAGGCUGAAUCCGGCCGGGGCCGCCGAGACCUUCCACGUGGGCCUCCCCGGGGGCCCUGAUGGCCAGGACGGGCUGGGGCUGCUCCGCGUGGCAGGUGACAGCGGCCUCGCCUGGAGCCCUGGAGGACAGGAGGACCUCCAGCCCUUCUGCGACUUUCCAGAAAUCGUAGACAUUAGCAUCAAGCAGGCCCCGCGCGCUGGCCCGGCCGGGGAGCACCGUCUGGUGACUGUCACCAGGACAGACAAUCAGAUUUUGGAGGCCGAGUUCCCGGGGCUGCCCGAGGCGCUGUCCUUUGUGGCGCUCGUGGACGGCUACUUCCGGCUGACCACGGACUCCCAGCACUUCUUCUGCAAGGAGGUGGCACCGCCGAGGCUGCUGGAGGAGGUGGCCGAGCAGUGCCACGGCCCCAUCACUCUGGACUUUGCCAUCAACAAGCUUAAGACUGGGGGCUCACUUCCUGGCUCCUAUGUUCUCCGCCGCAGCCCCCAGGACUUUGAGAGCUUCCUCCUUACUGUUUGUGUUCAGACCCCCCUCGGUCCUGAUUACAAGGGCUGCCUCAUCCGGCGCAGCCCCACAGGAUCCUUUUUUCUGGUUGGCCUCAGCCAACCCUACAGCAGUGUUCGAGAGCUCCUGGCAACCUGCUGGGAUGGAGGGCUGCACGUAGAUGGGGUCCCAGUGACCCUCACCUCCUGCUGUAUCCCCAGACCCAAAGAAAAGUCCAACCUGAUUGUGGUCCGGAGAGGUCACAGCCCACCCACGUCCUCCCUGGUUCAGCCCCAAUCCCAAUGCCAGCUGAGUCAGAUGACAUUUCACAAGAUCCCUGCGGACAGCCUGGAGUGGCAUGAGAACCUGGGCCACGGGUCCUUCACCAAGAUUUACCGGGGCUGUCGCCACGAGGCAGUGGAUGGGGAGGCCCGAAAGACAGAGGUGCUGCUGAAGGUGAUGGACGCCAAACACAGGAACUGCAUGGAGUCAUUCCUGGAAGCAGCGAGCUUGAUGAGUCAAGUGUCAUACCGGCAUCUCGUGUUACUGCACGGCGUGUGCAUGGCUGGAGACAGCACCAUGGUGCAGGAAUUUGUACACCUGGGGGCAAUAGACAUGUAUCUGCGCAAGCGUGGCCACCUGGUGCCAGCCAGCUGGAAGCUACAGGUGGUCAAACAGCUGGCCUAUGCCCUCAACUAUCUGGAGGACAAAGGCCUCCCCCACGGCAAUGUCUCUGCCCGAAAGGUGCUCCUGGCUCGGGACGGGGGUGAUGGGAGCCCGCCCUUCAUCAAGCUGAGUGACCCUGGGGUCAGCCCCACGGUGCUAAGCCUGGAGAUGCUCACGGACAGGAUUCCCUGGGUGGCCCCCGAGUGCCUCCAAGGGGCCCAGACACUUAGCCUGGAAGCUGACAAGUGGGGCUUCGGCGCCACCGUCUGGGAGGUGUUUAGUGGCGUCACCAUGCCCAUCAGUGCCCUGGAUCCCGCUAAGAAACUCCAGUUUUAUGAGGACCGGCAGCAGCUGCCGGCCCCCAAGUGGACAGAGCUGGCUCUGCUCAUUCAGCAGUGCAUGGACUACGAGCCAGUCCGGAGACCCUCCUUUCGAGCCAUCAUCCGUGACCUCAACAGCCUCAUCUCUGCAGAUUAUGAGCUCCUCUCAGACCUCACACCUGGUGCCCUGGCACCUCGUGAUGGGCUGUGGAAUGGUACCCAGCUCUAUGCCUGCCAAGACCCCACGAUCUUUGAGGAGAGACACCUUAAGUACAUCUCACAGCUGGGCAAGGGCAACUUUGGCAGCGUGGAGCUGUGCCGCUAUGACCCGCUAGGCGACAACACAGGUGCCCUGGUGGCCGUGAAACAGCUGCAGCACAGCGGGCCAGACCAGCAGAGGGACUUCCAGCGGGAGAUCCAGAUCCUCAAAGCACUGCACAGUGACUUCAUUGUCAAGUAUCGUGGUGUCAGCUACGGCCCGGGCCGCCAGAGCCUGCGGCUGGUCAUGGAGUACCUGCCCAGCGGCUGCCUGCGCGACUUCCUGCAGCGGCAUCGCGCGCAUCUCGAUGCCAGCCGGCUUCUCCUCUACGCCUCGCAGAUCUGCAAGGGCAUGGAGUACCUGGGCUCCCGCCGCUGCGUGCACCGCGACCUGGCAGCCCGGAACAUCCUGGUGGAGAGCGAGGCACACGUCAAGAUCGCUGACUUCGGUCUAGCCAAGCUGCUUCCGCUUGACAAAGACUACUACGUGGUCCGCGAGCCGGGCCAGAGCCCCAUUUUCUGGUAUGCCCCCGAGUCCCUCUCGGACAACAUAUUCUCUCGCCAAUCAGACGUCUGGAGCUUCGGGGUUGUCCUGUACGAGCUCUUCAGCUACUGCGACAAAAGCUGCAGCCCCUCGGCGGAGUUCCUGCGGUUGAUGGCCUGUGAGCGGGAUGUCCCCGCCCUCUGCCGCCUCCUGGAACUGCUGGAGGAGGGCCAGAGGCUGCCAGCACCUCCUGCCUGCCCUGCUGAGGUUCACGAGCUCAUGAAGCUGUGCUGGGCCACUAGCCCACAGGACCGGCCGUCAUUCAGCGCCCUGGGCCCCCAGCUGGACAUGCUGUGUGUAGAGUCGAAGCCGGAGGUGUGAGACUCCCACCUUCCCUGCUCACCCAUUCUCCGUCCUGCAGACCUCUGGAUUAGGUCUCUGUUGACUGGCUGUGUGACCUUAGGCAGGGAGCUGCCCCUCUCUGGGCCUUGUGAGGGUCCUCUACUUCAGGAACACCCCCAUGAAAUUGCAUUUCGGGGGUUCCUGUGGCUUGUGGAAUGGCUGUGGCCUUUUGGAUUUGUUAAGAUUCAGGACAGAUGGGCAGAUGUGUCAGUGGGGUCUCUGGCUUGAAGACACAGGGAACCAAAUUUAAGUCCCUCCCAUCUUCCCAUCCCCUCAAGCCCUGGCCCUCUGAGUUUCCUUCUCUCUCUCUCUCUCUCUCUCCCCGCGCCCCCCUCUCUCUGUGAGACAGAGUCUCACCCUGCGAUCUUGGCUCACCACAACCUCUGCUUCCCAGGUUCAAGCGAUUCUCCUGCCUCAGCCUCCCGAGUAGCUGGGAUUACAGGUGUGCACCACCACACCCAGCUAGUUUUUGUAGUGUUAGCAGAAACAAGGUUUCACCGUGAUGGCUAGGCUGAUCCUGAGCUUCUGACCUCAAGUGAUCCUCCUGCCUCAGCCUCCCAAAAUGUUGGAAUAAUAGGCAUGAUCCCCUGUGCCCGGGUUUUUGUUUUUUCUAAAUUUAUUAUUAUCAUUAUUAUUGAGGCAGAGUUUCACUCUUGUUGCCCAGACUGGAGUGCAAUGGCGCGACCUCGGCUCACUGCAACCUCCGCCUUCUGGGUUCAAGCAGUUCUCCUGCCUCAGCCUCCCGAGUAGCUGGGAUUACAGGUGUGAGCUACCACGCCCAGCUACUUUUGUUAUUUUUAGUAGAGAUGGGGGUUUUACCAUGUUGGCCAGGCUGGUCUUGAACUCCUGACCUCAGAUGAUCUGCCCACCUCAGCCUCCCAAAGUGCUGGGAUUACAGGCAUGAGCCACCGUGCCUGGCCUAUUAUUAUUAUUUUUUUAAGAGACAGGAUCUUGCUCUGUUGGUCAGGCUGGUCUCGAACUCCUGGGCUAUGGUGAUCCUCCUGCCUCAGCUGGGACUACAGGCACCCAGUUUUGAGUCUUAUUUCCAAUGAGGACAUGAGUGUGGCUUUAAAUAUCUGAUCUGACUUUGCUCCCCCGUGUCUGUUUCUCUGGAGGAAGCCAAGGAUGAGAGCAGUUGCCGUGGCUGGAACUCUGCUCUUUGGGGGAGCUCGUGUAUCCGUUGGGGGUUCUGUAAGGAGGCAGGAGAGGCUGGAGUCUCAGUCCACCCUCAUGGAACCUGCCUGUCCCAGGGCUUCAGUUAUCUCAUCUGUCUGAUGGGACCCCUUCUGUCCUCACCCUACAAGGGCCACAAAGGGAUGACACAGAACCUGGCAGGAACUUUUCAGGCAAUCGAGGGAAGGAAAGACGUUCCUGGCAGAGGGAACAGCAUGCCAAGCAUGAGAAGGCUGAGUAAGGAGGUUAAGAGCCCAGGUAUUGAAGCCUAGGGUUUUGCCACUUCUGCGCUGUAUGAUGGUGGGCAAGUUCCUUUUCCUCUCUGGGUCUCAGUUCUGUCCCCUGCAAAAUGGGCAGAGCUUACCCCUUGGCUGGGCAGGGUCAACUUUCUGACUGGUGAUAGGGAUUCUCAUGCAGGUUUAGCUCCUCCUCACCAACCUGCAAAGCUCUUCCGCCACUUUUGCCUCCUUAGAAAACUUUUAUCCAUCUCUUAAAACCCUUGCAGCCUUCCCUCACAUUCCCCCACCACUAUUCCAGCCCUGUCCUUCCCUCCAGCCCCUCUCUGACCCUGGGGCUGGGGAAGUGUCUGUGUCCAGCUGUCCUUCCUGGCCUUGGGGUUACUUGGGGGCUGGGCCAAGGCCUCGGCACAGAGGCGGCUGUGGGAGUGUUUGUUGACUGAAUAAAGAAAUUCAAUGGAAAA